GGGCCGUCGGCUGUGCGGGCUGAACGGAGGCGAGCGGGCGAGAAGUCUGUGUCGAGGCGGACAGCCACCGUUCCCGGGUCCUGGCUUCGGCCUUCGCCGCCGCCAGCGACUUCACUGCCCUGGCGGCGGUGCGUCCUCGGCGGAGGAGGGUUGGGGAGACGCGAGUGCAGGCGGCGAGGGAGCAGUCCUAACGCCGGCGUCUUUCGCCGCCGCCACCUUUUUCUUACCUGGCUUGGCUGUACGUUUCUUUUUCUUUGUCAUUUUCCCCCCUCUCCGGUGUGGGGAUUGUUGGUGAACGAAAGUGCAGCCUCAAGAUGGCUGAUGGCAACGAGGAUCUGCGGGCGGACGACUUGCCGGGGCCAGCCUUCGAGAGCUAUGACUCCAUGGAGCCCGCCUGCCCCGCAGAGCGUAGCGGCCACGUAGCGGUCAGCGACGGGCGCCACAUGUUCGUCUGGGGUGGCUACAAGAGUAAUCAAGUCAGAGGAUUAUAUGACUUUUAUCUACCUAGAGAAGAACUGUGGAUCUACAACAUGGAGACUGGAAGAUGGAAGAAAAUUAACACCGAAGGUGAUGUUCCUCCUUCCAUGUCAGGGAGCUGUGCCGUGUGUGUGGACAGAGUGCUGUACUUGUUUGGAGGACACCAUUCGAGAGGCAAUACAAAUAAGUUCUACAUGCUGGAUUCAAGAUCUGCAGACAGAGUGUUACAGUGGGAAAGAAUUGAUUGCCAAGGAGUUCCUCCAUCAUCAAAGGACAAACUUGGUGUCUGGGUGUAUCAAAACAAGUUAAUAUUUUUUGGAGGGUAUGGAUAUUUACCUGAAGAUAAAGUACUGGGAACUUUUGAAUUUGAUGAAACAUCUUUUUGGAAUUCAAGUCAUCCAAGAGGAUGGAAUGAUCACGUACAUAUUUUAGACACAGAAACAUUUACCUGGAGCCAGCCUAUAACUACAGGUAAAGCCCCUUCACCUCGUGCUGCCCAUGCCUGUGCAACCGUUGGAAACAAAGGCUUUGUGUUUGGAGGCCGAUAUCGGGAUGCUAGAAUGAAUGAUCUUCACUAUCUGAAUCUGGAUACAUGGGAGUGGAAUGAAUUAACUCCACAAGGCGUAUGCCCAGUUGGCCGAUCUUGGCACUCACUAACACCAGUUUCUUCAGAUCAUCUUUUUCUCUUUGGAGGAUUUACCACUGAUAAACAGCCACUAAGUGAUGCUUGGAUUUACUGUAUCAGUAAAAAUGAAUGGAUACAAUUUAAUCAUCCCUAUACUGAAAAACCAAGAUUAUGGCAUACAGCUUGUGCCAGUGAUGAAGGAGAAGUAAUUGUUUUUGGAGGGUGUGCCAACAACCUCCUUGUCCAUCACAGAGCUGCACACAGUAAUGAAAUACUUGUAUUUUCAGUUCAACCAAAAUCUCUUGUAAGGUCAGAGGCCCUAAGGUUGUGUUCUUCAGUGUCCCAAGACCUUGGAGUGGAUUAAUUUGUGCAGAGCAAAGGAGAAUGAAGAAAACCAAAGACACAAGGAGAAUAUUAGUCCAAAGGACUAAUGGAUCACAUGAACCACAGCAUCCACCAGCUUGAGCCCAAAAGAAUUAGAUGGCGUCCAGCUACCGUCACCAACCACUCUGACAGGGAUCACAAACAGGGUCCCCCAGACAGAGCAGGAGAAAAACGUAGAACAAAAUUCAAAUUCACAAAAAUAUAAGACCAGGCUUACUGGUCUGAGACUGGAGGUCCCCACAUACCCUGCUAACUCAGAACUGAAGCCACUCCCAAAGUCCACCUAUCAACCAAAGAUUAGACAGCCCUAUAAAACAAAUAACACACAUGAGGAACAUGCUUCUUAGUUCAAUCAAGUAUAGGUGACCAAAUGGGCAAUGCUUGCCCAAAAGCAAAGAUGAGAAUGCAGGAAGGGACAGGAAAACUGGACAAAUGGAAAAGGAAAGUGGGCGAGUGCUGACACAUUGCAAGGAUUGCAACCAAAGUCAUAAACCAAUUUGUGUAUAAAUAUUUGAAAAAAGAAGAAACUGUGAUGCUUAGAGGAAGAGCCCAACAGAGCUGAAAACCAGAUGCCAAAAGAAUGACCAAAGAUGAGUACCAGACUGCCAGUACUGAUGUCUGUGAGGGUGUGCAAUGGAUUGAAUUGUAUCCCCCCAAAUGUUAUAUUACAGCCUAACCCUUGUACCUGUAAAUAUGACCCUGUUUGGAAAUAGCUUUCUUUUGUUAAUGAAGACAUUAUCAGAGUACUGUGGGUCCUAAACCUAAUCUCUUCUGAGUAGUGUUUUAUAAAAAGAAAAGAAUACUGACCAUAACACACAAAGGAAAGAGACCGUAUGAAGAUCCAUCUAUAAGCAAAGGAAUGCCAAAGAACCAAGGAACAGGGAAGUCUAACAACAAGAAAGGACCCGCCCCUAGAACCAAUGUCCUGAUUUGGACUUCUAACAUCUAAAACUGUGAGACAAUAAAUUUCUGUUCUUUAAAGCCAAAAAUAAAAAGGACAACACUUACCAAUAAACUUUUCUUGCUUUCUGAAUAGAGGUAACCGUUUGGACUUCUUUUAGGGUUUGCUUUGUUUUCUUUUCUGCUGAUUUGAAUGCCUAUUUUUAAAAAGAGAGUUUUAAAAAUAUUUUUUUGGUUGAGAAUUUAUUUAAAUAACAUCAGAGUACAUGAUAGGGCAGUAAAGUUUUUAAAACAUUACAAACUGGCACUAUCUACACCCUGGACCCACCACCACAUAUGUACAAAACUAAUGUAGAAGUAAUUUUUGCCUUAAAUUUUAAAAUAAUUUAAGCCAAAGAUUUAUUAUACCCAAAUAUCUACUGAAGACAUACAAAUUAAUAAGAGCCUCACUCAUUUACCAGCUAUUUACUGAGUGCCUACUAUGUACCAGGCUCUGGGGUAGAUGCUGGGGAUACAACAGCAAAUACAACAAAGUCCCCACCCCCCAAUGAGGUUACAGUCUAUAAGAGAAAUAUUAAACACAUAAUCAUUCAGAUAAAUGUACGGUAAGUGCUUCUGUGGAUACUAUGACAGUGUAAUAAUACCCACUGCCAUCGAGUCGAUUCCAACUAAUAGCAACCCUAUAGGAAUGAGUAGAACUGCCCCAGUUUCCAAGGAGCGCCUGGUGGAUUUGAACUGCUGACCUUUUGGUUAGCAGCCGUAGCUCUUAACCACUAUGCCACCGCGGUUUCCUGACAGUAUAUAAUAAGGAAACUGAAUUUAUACUUGUUUUUUUUUAUGGUUAAAUAGUAAACCCUGGUGGCACCCUUUUAUUGAAGUCACUCCUGAGGUUCACCCUUCAGCCAAAGAUUAGACAGGCCCAUAAAACAAAACAAGACUAAAGGGAACACCAGCCCAGGGGCAAUGACUAGAAGGCAGGAGGGUAUAGGAAAGCUGGCAAUAGAGAACCCAAGUUUGAAAAGGGAGAGUGUUGACAUUUUGUGGGAUUGUUAACCAAUGCCAUUAAACAGUAUGUGUGUUAACUGUUUAAUGAGAAGCUAGUUUGUUCUGUAAACCUUCAUCUAAGGUAUAAUUAAAAAUAAAAAAAGUAGAAAAAAAAGAGUAAGAAAGGCUUCCCUGAUAAGGUCUCACUUGAAUAGGUAUGUGAAUGAUGGGAGGGACCAACUAUGAAAAUUUCCGCAGGAAGAGCAUCCCAAGUAGAAAGAGCAGCAAGAGGGCAGCACACUUCACUGUUUUAGGAACUUAUGCACUCCAGUAUAGCCAGAAAGAAGCAUACCACAGGAGUGCAGAUGAUGAGGCCAGAGGGGAGCAGAUCAUUUAAGACCUUGUAAGUCAGGGAAUGGCUUUGAAUUUUAUUAAGCAAGACGGAAAACUGGAAGAUUUUGAGGAGAGGAGUGAAAUGACUUCACUUCUGAUUUAAAAGGAUCACUAUGGCUGCUGUGUGGAGUACAAACUGUAGUGAGAAAAGGUUGUAAGGGCAGAGACUCACUAAGGGGUAUUGUUACAGUCCCUGUGAACACAGGGAUGAUGGAGACCUGAAACACAGGUAAUAAUAAGUAGCCAGAUUCUGAAUAUAUUUUAAAGCAAGAGCCAAAAGAAUUUGCUGAUGGAUUGGAUAUCGUUUCUGAGAGAAGAGUAUAGAAUAACGUUCUCAGCCUGAGCAAAAAAAAAAAAAUAAAGGUGCUAUUUACUGAAAUGAAGAAGUUUGGGAAAGAAUAUUGGAAAUACACAUGUUACACAAAUCUAAGUGUGAAAGGAUUUCUGAAUUAGAAAAUCGCAUUUAAACUAAAGAAAUAAUUUAAGCCACUAAAUUAAACGAGGGAAAAACAAUUUUCAUUCUAAGAAACAUAAGUACCUUCUCAGCAGCUUCAACAGUCUUCUGUGUUUUCUUAGCAGCAUAUCUCUUGUGAUCAUAAUACCUUGAAAAACAUAUUUCUCUUAAACUUAGUAUCUUUAUUCUUUAAUUUUUCUGUUAUUUCUAAUUAUACAUAUGCUUAAAUCACAACAUGUUUUAUUUGUUCUAUAUGAAAACAGGUAACGUACAAAGCUAUAUUAAUAAGUACUUUAACUCAGAGGAAGAGAGGGAGUAUGUACAGGCAAAAUACAGAUUUUUCUUAACAUUCUUAUUAUCUGAUUUAUUAUAGAUAACAUUUUACCUAAAAUUUGUACUUAAAUGACUUACUUUUUGGCAUUGGCAUAUGCAGACAAGCUUAGAUCAACAUCAACAGGUAAGGGCUUAUUUUUCUGAGGCUUCUGCAACUGUUUAUUCUUUUGCUUUUUCUUUUUUCCUUUUAGUGGUUCAGUUUCAUUUUUCUCAAUACUGAUGUCACCAUCAACAUCAUCAUCUUCCUCCUCUGAUAAUAAGUAUGGAUUUCUAUUAAAAAUAUUCAAUAGUAUUUCACUGAAGUAAAUGACAUCACUUUCAAUUUCAAUUUUUUCCUCAGUGUAAGUAUAAAUGGUUUAUAGUACUUCAAUAGUUUGCUUAUUUUAAUGUAAAUUAAUUUUUUCUUUAUCUUCAAGGAUAACUUUCUAAAUAUAGGAAAGAAAAGAUAUUUUAAAUGAGUACAGUGAUCUACUAAGUAGCAAAAUGAAGACAAGCAAGAGUCAGACUUACCUUAGCAGCAUUGUAACAUGAUUUGUUUGCAGCUUUAAUUCUUUGAUUGCAUUUGCAACAGGAUCUCCUUGAGCCUGGGCUUCUUUAACAAUUGACCCAAUUUCUGUCCAGUCUAUCUGGUUGGCUAAAGCACUUCGAACUACCUGAAUGGCUCUGUCAACUAUUUGUAGGUUCAUUUCUAUGAGUUCUCCUUUAAGUUUAUCUAUUUCCUUAAGAAAUAAACAAAACACAUUUACUAUAAUGCCACUUAACUUGCCAUUUUUUGAAAAAGUAUCUGAAAAAUCUAAACACAAUACCUGAGCUUGCUGAAGAGCUUCUAAUCUGUUUUCAUGAUCCUUUCGGACAUUAUCUAAUUUUUUCAAUGCUUGUUUUUCCUUGUAUUGACAAAAGAGAUUAUUAAAAAAUUAGGCUUCUUACAUCCUGGCACCUUCUUUCUCCUACUUCCGGCACCCUCAAUGUUGUUCUCUAGCUAGCUGAAGUUCCCCAUAUUCCACUCUCCCAGGCCUAUCAUACCCCAAAGUGCUGCAUGCUCCAAAAUUACCUCCUACCCACUUACCUACCACUGCCUAUGUAGGAAGUAUUUUGAUUAUAGGUUAUAUUGUGUAUUUUUUGUAUAUAAGACAUGCAUUCCUAAAGCUCUUCCAUGACUCAAACAGGAGGAAUUCAAGAAAUUUCCUCACAGCGUGAAUGUAAAGUUUGGGGGGAAUGCAUUCUUGGAAUGCAUGAAUUAACCAAAACAGUGUCUUAUUUUAUUGCUGCUUUUUAUUUUCUCAGCAUUAUUUGUAGUGUUUUACAGAAUACUCUUUUUCCUAAGUUAAUAACAUGAAAGUAUUGAUUAGUUUAUUAAAAUGAAUAGCAGGAGGGGAAAAGUCACAUAAUUGCAAAUUUUUUAACAGAUUUUUAAAACUUUACUAAGAUUUUUGAAAAAUCAACUCCCAUUUAAACCAAGAAUGCUUGUUGCCAACUUCCAAAAAAAUCUUCCAAAAAUAUAGCCAAAUGUGCUUGAAAAACACUGCAUGUUAAACCCUUCUUGUGGUUUAAUAUUUAAGAGUGGCUUAAGCAUGUAAGAGGCUUAAUUUAAAAGUCCAGUUUAAAAAGCUUAAAAACACACAGUUUAACUCUAUUUAAUAAUAAACAAAUACACCUGUUUGUACAGAAAGGGGAAAAAAAAAAACUUUAUCUCCCUCUUCUGGCCUAUUUAAAAUCUCCCCAGAGUAGUAAUCUCUUAGCAGCCAUGUUUGCAGUGUUUUGAGUUGUUUUAUGGAAAAUAAGUGAUACUAGGGUAUAAAUAAGUAACAGACCUCACCUUCCCACUAUAUUCCCCUUAUCAGAAAAUACCUGAUAUACUGAUAGACCAUAUAAGGAAAUACUUCUAAACAAUGAGAACUUUCCUGGACCCUUAUCCAAAGACAUCAAAGAGUUCCCAUGUCACUUCUAAAAGGUUGCAAAUUCCUACAUGAAAGCAUUAUCCACCUAUCAGACACACCAUGGAUAGCUGGUUUAAUGCAAAUGGUUUUAAUAAUACAAUACCUGUUGUAAAGCUUUUAAGUCUAUUUUCUGACCUUCUAUCUUGGAAUAAAAUUCAUCCACGGCCUUAUUAAAAAAACAGAAACAAUAACUUGCUGAAAAAAACAAAGUCUCUAACUUGCAUAUUCUCUUUUGUUUCAUAAUGCUAUUCAAAGAACUUGAACAGAUCUAGUAAAUGUAUUAUAUAGCUAAACGGUAACAAGAAUAAAAAAAAAAAAUCAACAAGUUCAAAUCUUUGGUUCUUCAUCUUGAAACAAAGUGGCAACAAAUAAGUUUCUAACAGCUUUAUCUGUGAUACCUUCACUGACCUUUAACUUCCAAAUUCAUAGUCACUGUAAAGCAAGAAUAUUUUCAAUUUCUUAACUGAAGCAAAUUUAUAUUAAAUUCAAAAAGUUAUAUCAUGCUAAUGAACUGGUCAAAGAAGAGAAUGGGAAAACUCACCUUGUCAAAUGAUUCAAACUCUAUAUAUGGACAUUGUAAAUGUUGAGAAAAUAAGAAAGGAUGAAAUUCCUCGUACCUGUAAAACAUAUUUAGUAUAUCACAUUCCAUAACAUUAAUAAAUACCCAAAGCAAAUUGACCCAUGCCUGCAUGCUUACGUGAGUAUGUCUUCAGUUGGUUUAUCGAUCUCCAGGCUUGGUUUUACUUCUCUUUUCUGAAUGAUAUAGCCCUAUAAAAAUCCAACAUUAAAAUUUUUAUCUAUAAUUAACAAAGAUUUACUUCCCACUACUGAUAUUAAUUUCAUUAGUUUAAUUUAUGAAAUUAUUCUACAAAUAAUCAGUUGCAUCUAUGGAUUGCAUCCCUUUCCAUAAUGAUUUUUUUUUAGACUUGAUGAGUAAUGUUAGAAAAUACUGGCUAUUCACAAAAUUCAUAAACAAAAAACAAGAAGGGAAUAAAGUAAAUGAAAACUAGUCAUCUUAUAAAAUGACAGGAAUAUAGACUUUUUGCUUUUUCUCUUUCCAUUUUUAUGAUCUGUAAUUAAAAAAGAAAAAAAAAAAGCCAAAAGCAUUUGUACUUUAAGUAAAUCAACAAAAAGUAAGUCUUAGGUUCAUUUGUUGGUAGGAAAUUUUAAUUCAUUUAUACAACUCGGCAGGUAUAUUUGUACUGAAUUUAACUACAAUUAAUGAGAACUUUCCCCCCUCAAAUUUUAAGUAAAGUUAUAUCUUGAAACAAGGAAGAAAAACACAAAUAAGGUAUGAGGUAAUUCAGAGGGUGUUUAUCGACUGGAGGGAUAUAAAUCACUAAAGCUUUGAAAAGUGCUAGCAAAUUAAAAUGUGCUUCUCUAUAGGGUCUCUAUGAGUCAGAAUUGACUUGAUGGCAGUGGGUUUCUCUAUUUAAAAUGAACCUAAGAAGAAAUACUUUUAAAUUCUUCAACUUUUCUGUGGUGGCAAUAUUAAUAUAUUAUUUUCUAUAAAAAAAAAAAAAAGGUAAUUAAAAAAAAUUACAAAUCAACAGAAAUUUUUAAACACUAUUAUAAUAAGCACAGUAUAGGUGUCAAUCUUCAAAACUAUGACAAUAAAAUUUACAUAUAUUAACCCUUUAUUGAAUGUUUAAAUUCUGAAGGUCUAAAUAAGUAAAACCACAAUGGUUUUAUUGUUACGUAGUGUUACCUUUCCACUGAAGUUCAACAUUGUUUUCAUAUAGUCUUCUGCCUUUUGCAGACAAACAAGUACUUUUUCAAUAUCUAACAGAGAAAUAAAAAAAGAAAGCAGGAGUAGCAAUCAAGAGUCAAUUAGGCAUUGUUAACCAACUAUGCAGAAAAUCAGAAGUGUUUGUGAAAUAAAGUGUUAAUCACAUAUAGCUAUUUCAUGUUGAUAAUCAGUAUAUAUAAAUAAGGCUAUGUUUUGGCUAGCCUGUUGUCCCAACAGCGCUUACUGAAUAAUCCAUCUUUCUCCCCAUGAUCUGAAAGGUGCCUUGUUCCUAAUCUAAAUUCAUAUAUAUAUAUAUAUACGUAUAUAUACAGAUACACCCAGUGCCAUCUUCGGGCUUGUUCCUAGAUUCUUCAUUCUAUUCCUUCUCCAAUAAAUUACUAUUUUAAUUAGUGUAGCUUCAUAGUACAUUUUUAUUUUCAAGAGUUAUUCCUUCCCUGUCAUUACUAUUAUUUUUCAAAGUUUUCUUGAAAAUUUUCACAUGCUUUUGUUCCAGAUGAGUAUCAGAUUAAUUUUAUUAAAAACGGCAACAGCAAAAACAACAGCUAUCUGUCGGCAUUUUGAUCAGGAGUGCACUGAGUUAGUAUACUUUAGAAACUGAAACAUUAGCUUUUAAUUAUGUAAAGAACAUUCAUAGGUCAAAUUUUUUUAAGUCUAGAACCAACUACUUCCUCAUUACUUUUCCAGAAAUAAGUGCCAUACUUUUUAAAAGACGAAAUUACUGGGCUGAGGGCUAUGGGGACUAUGGUCUCAGGGAACAGCUAGCAUAAUUAGCAAACAGUUUAUAAAGAAAAUUUUCUACAUUCUACUUUGGUGAGUAGCAUCUAGGGUCUUGAAAGCUUGUGAGCAUCCAUCUAACAUACUUCACUGGUCUCACCCUAUCUGAAGGAAGGGAGAAUGAAGAAAACUAAAGACUAAGGGAAAGAUUAGUUCAAAGACUAAUGGACCACAAGUACCACAAGCUUCCACCAGACUGAGUCCAGCACAACUAGAUGGUGCCCAGCUACCACCACCAACUGCUCUGACAGGGAUCACAAUAGAAGGUCCUAGACAGGGCUGGAGAAAAAUGUAGAACAAAAUUCUAACUCUCACACACGCAAAAGGACCAGACUUACUGCUCUGACAGAGGCUGGAGAAACCACAAGAGUACAGCCCCCAGGCAACAUUUUGGCUCAGUAAUGAAGCUACUCCUAAGGUUCACCCUGCAGCCAAAGAUUAGACACGCCCAUAAAACAAAGUAAGACUAAAUGGUCACACCAGCCCAGGGACAAGGACAAGAAGGCAAAAGGGGUCAGGAAAGCUGGUAAUGGGGAAUCUAAGGUUGAGAAGGGGACAGUGUUGACAUGUCCUGGGGUAGGCAACCAAUGUCACAAAACAAUAUGUAUACUGUUUAACGAGAAGCUAGUUUGCUCUGUAAACCUUUAUCUAAAAUACAAUUAAAAAAAAGAAAAAAAAUGAUGGAAAUAGACAAAACUUGUACCAUGCAGACAUACCUUUACUUUCAAAUUUUUCACCCACUUUGACAUUGCCGGAGAAUCCGUUUUCCAUAAGACAGUGUUCAAUAAGAGCUGGUCCAUAGGCUAUAAAAGCAGAGAAUAUUAUGUUUAAUAUUUUCCCAUAAAACUUAAAUUAAAAUGUGGUACAAAUUUACACCUUAAUAUAAAUGACCUACUUAAUAUCAAUAAAAAAAAAUUUUUUUUCUUUUUUUUAAUAGCUAGUGAAAAUAACUAUGAGAUUAUACUAUUUUGAAAUGUCAUUAGAAAUAAUAAUUCAAGUAGUCAUAGAAAUCUGAGACUUUAAUGAACUUGAAGUCAGUGCAAAUGUUAGAGAUAGGAGUUUAAUGGAAUUGAGCCACAGAUGAAAGGAUUAUAAACCAUGACCAAGGGGGAUUCAUCCCAGGAAUGCAAGGUUGGUUUAACAUCCAAAAAUCAAAAUAAUUCACCUUAUUAAUAGAAUAAAGAACAAAAACAACACGAUCACCUCAACUGAUGCAGAAAAAGCAUCUGACAGAAUUCAGCUCUCAACAAACUACGGAUAAAAGAGAACUUCCUCAAACUAAUAAAAGUGCCUACAAAAAACCUACAGUUAACAUCACAUUUAAUAGUGAAAGACUGAAUAAUUUUCCCGUAAGAUCAGGAAUAAGGCAAGAAUGUCCACUCUUGCCAUUGCUAUUCAACAUUGUACUAGAGCACUAGCUAGUGCAAAAAGAAAAGAAAAGAAAAAAUUAAAAGCAUCCAGAUUCAAAAGGAAGAAGCAAAGCAUCUCUAGUCACAGAUGAUAUGAGCCUAUAUGUUAGAAAAUUCCAAGGAAUUCACAGAACUACUUUUGGCAAGUUUGCAGGAUAUAAAAUCAAUAUUACUUCUGUCCAAAACUGGAAUUUAAGAAAACAAUUCCAUUCAAAUAGCAUCAAUAAUCAAAUAUUUAGGAAUAAAUUGAUCAAAAGAAAAGAUUUAUACACCGAAAACUACAAAACACUGCUGAGAGAAAUUAAAGAUCUAAACAAAUGGCAGGACAUUCCCUCUGCAUGGAAUUUAAGAUUCAAUAUUGUUAUGAUGGCAAUUUUCCCCAAACUGAUCUAUAUAUUCCAUAUAAUCCCUAAGAAAAUCCCAGCAGGCUUUUUUAUAAAAGUAACAAGCUGAUCCUAAAACUGAUAAGGAAAUGCAAAAGGAUCUCAAACAGCCAAAACAACCUUGAAAAAGAGCAAGGUUGGAAGACUUAUACUACUUGAUUUCAAAAAUUACAGAAAUUUGCCAGGGUGAAAUUUUGCCUUAAUUGAAAUUGACAAAUUUUACACAAACAAUAUUAGCAGUUGAAAAGUCCUAAGAUAACUUUCUGUGCAUUCUAAUUUCACAUGACAGAAAAAGUAAUUCCCUAUGCCCAGUAAGCAAAGGUAUAUGCCUCCCAAAUGUCUCUUCCAUGUCCCCUAUUAUAGGAUAUGGGAUGAUUUCAAGUAUAAUAGAUUAUUAUUAUCUUUACUCAGGGUAUCAAAGGGGACUGGCAGACACUGGGAUGCUCUGAGAUCCAUGAAUAAAAAGGCCAAGCUAAGUGGUUAUUAAACCAAAGAUUUACAUUGAAAAUACCAGAAAUAGUGAUUUCUUAGACUACUACAGCUAGCACUAAAGUGCUAGAUAACACACUAUUAGCUUGCCCAAUACUACUGUUUUUAAACAAAAUCUAAUUAAAAAAAAAAAAACUUCAAUGGUAUAACCACUUUGGAAAUUGAUUUGGCGCUUCCUCAAAAAACUACAAAUAGAACUACCAUACAAUCCAGCAAUCCCACUCCUUGGAAUAUAUCCUAGAGAAGUAAGAGCCUUUACAUGAACAGAUACACGCACACCCAUGUUCACUGCAGCACUGUUUAUAAUACCAAAAACAUGGAAGCAACCAAGGUGCCCAUCAACGGAUGAAUGGAUAAAUAAAUUAUGGUUUAUUCACACAAUGGAAUACUACACAUCGAUAAAGAACAAUGAUGAAUCUGUGAAACUUUUCAUAACGUGGAGGAAUCCGGAAGGCAUUAUGCUAAAUGAAAUUAGUCAGUUGCAAAAGGACAAAUAUUGUAUAAGACCACUAUUAUAAGAACUUGAAAAACAGUUUAAACAGAAAAGAAAAUAUUCUCUGAUGGUUACGAGAGCAGGGAGGAAGGGAGGCAGAGGGGUUUUCACUAAUUAGACAGUAGAUAAGAACUAUUUUAGGUGAAGGGGAAGACAACACACAAUACAGGAGAGGUCAGCACAACAGGAAUUAACCAAAGGCAAAGAAGUUUCUUGAAUAAACUGAACACUUCAAAGGCCAGCAUAGCAGGGGCGGGGGUUUGGGGACCAUGGUUUCAGGGGACAUCUAAGUCAACCAGCAUAAUAAAAUCUAUUAACAUUCUACAUUCCACUUUGGAGAGUGGCAUCUGAGGUCUUAAACGCUAGCAAGCAGCCAGCUAAGAUGCAUCAAUUGGUCUCAACCCACCUGAAGCAAAGGUGAAUGAAGAACACCAAAGACACAAGGUAAUUAUGAGCCCAAGAGACAGAAAGGGCCACAUAAACCAUAGCCUACAUCAGACUGAGACCGGAAGAUCUAGAUGGUGACCGGCUACAACCAAUGUCUACCCUGACAGGGAACACAACAGAGAACCCCUGAGGGAGCAGGAGAGCAGUGGGAGGCAGACCACAAAUUCCUGCAAAAAGACCAGACUUAAUGGCCUGACUGAGACUAGAAGGACCCCAGAGGUCAUGGUCCCUAGACCUUCUGUUAGCCCAAGAUAGGUUCCAUUCCCAAAGCCAACUCUUCAGACAAGGAUUGGACUGGACAAUGGGAUAAAAAAUAAUAGUGGUGAAGACUGAGCUUCUUGGGUCAAGCAGACACAUGAGACUAUGUGAGCAGCUCCUGUUUGGAGAAGAGAUGAGAGGGCAGAGGGGGUCAGAUGCUGGCCAAAUGGACACAAAAUAGAGAGUGGAGGGAAGGAGUGUGCUGUCCCAUUAGGGGGAGACAACUAGGAGUAUAUAGCAAGGUGUAUAUAAGUUUUGUAUGAGAGACUGACUUGGUUUGUAAACUUUCACUUAAAGCACAAUAAAAAUUUUUUAAAAAAAUUUCAAACUUUAUGUGGUAUAAUAAACUACUUCAUUGAAAAUAAAUAUUCUUAUUACUCAAAAUGUCAUUUUAAACUCCUUUCUACAUUUAUCAAAUUGCCUAUAUUUUCUACCAGAAACAUAAAAAGAUUUAAAUAUACUCCUGAAAACCACAGUAUCUUGCAACACUUCAUUGCUGUAUGUAGAAUUACUCACGAAGUAAGGGAUUAAGAACUCUCUUCAGUAGUUCGCCCUUAGGUGCACUGGCUAUUAUUUCAGUCAGUCUGUGAAACAAAAUUGAUACACUUCUUUCUAUCUUAUAUUUAAUAAACCUUAUAACAAUGUUUAUAUCCAUAAUAUUUUCAAAUGUAUCAAUUCACAUGAUCUUCACAACAACACUCUGAAAUAUAAUAGGAAUUGGUUCCUUUUGCAGGUGGGAAAAUGGGUCACAUAAUUAAGUAACUUAUCUAGGUUAAUAGGUUCCUGAACAGUAGAACUGGAACUUGAGUCAAGUUUUUCUAAAAGAAAUCAAUACUUGUUCAACUGUGUCAUUUUGCUUAUCUUCAAUUUGCUCAUACAUAAAUGUCAUGAAAGAGACAUUUUACAUAAAAGUUAAAUAUUGUCUAUGGAUCCUGCUGUUGUAUCUUACCAGUUGAAAUGGAUUUGCCUAAUUAAGUAUUCAAUGAGAACUCUUAACGAUGCUAUACUCCAGCGGUUCUCCAAGUGUGGUCCUCAGAGCAGAAGCAUUAACAUCUCUGGGGGACUUGUUAGAAAUGCAAAUUCUUGGGCCCUGCUCCAGAUCUACUGAAUCAGAAACGCUGAAAUAGGGCCCAGAGAUCCGUUUUAACAUGCCCUCCAGGUGACUGAGAGGUAAACUUUGAGAACCACUUUGCUGUAUACUAUUAGUCAAUGAAGUCUCCCAACCAGAAGACUACUGCUACAAUCAUCAUCUUAUCCAAUCCCACUCCCUUUUCUUGGCUAAACAAGAAUUUCUAUCUCCCCUGCACUCUGCCCCAAAUAUCCAUCUGUCUCCUCACAGAAUAGCUAAUAACUCCCCUCACUUUACCAAGAAAUCAUAAUUAACAUCUAAACCCAAAUUCGGUUAAAAAAGGCAUACAUUUGCUACUCACAAAUAAGGUUUAAUUUUUCCAUAUACAUUUAUAUAGUUCAAGUAGUCUGAAUUUAGUUAUUUUAUCCAAGUAAACAAAUUAUUUUAUCCAAGUAAACAAAUUAUUUUCUUACUUGACAGUUCCUUGCUAUUCUUACAUAUGACUUGUUUUUCCUUUUAAAAGAUAUAAAAUCAGUUUAUAAAUAAAACGUGUUACCUUUCUAAGGUGAGCAAAGGUUCGGCAGCUCUAGCAUGAUCAAUUGGGUAGCGUUCUCGAACAGCAAACUUAACAUCAUCUGCCUCAUCAGUUCGAAACCUUAGGAUAUUUAAAAUCAGGUACUCGUAAUCUGUAAGAACAAUGUUCCCCUGCAAUGGAAUAAAACAUAACAAUCCUUUUCCAAAUCACUCUUGAAACUUCUUAAAAAUUAAGAAAGAAAAUGUAGUCAUUUAAAAACCUAAUUACUGUCUACAAAAAUGAAGUCGCAAAACAAAAAGAACACCUGAGUCACAUCGAAACAGCACACUUUCCAUCUGCCCAGUCUAAGUUGUUAUCUUCCUACUGUGAAAUGAGAUAAACAAACUGUAAAACCCAGCAUUUGAAACAUAAAGAAGGAAUCUAGGGCAAUUUUAAACUCAUUAUCUGGUGGUUCUGCAGAAGUCAUUAAUAGAAGUAUAGUAACACCUUAAUGACCACAAGCUGAGCUUACUGUUACACUUGUAUGAGCUAUAAACACUGUGCUUAUUAAGAGAAACCUCACCUAGGCAAAUCAUUGCAAGACUACUAAAAACCAAAGACAGAGAAAAUCUUAAAAAUAUCCAGAUAAAACAGCCAAAUUAUCUUCAAAUGAGCAACAAAAUGACCAACACUGAUUUCAAUAAAAACAAUCACUGUCAGAAGACAACAUGCAUUUGUAGUUGUCAAAAAUUUACUUAAUUAAUGAUGGAACCAGCUGGUCCUAAGAGAAAUAUAGGGAGUACAGUCCUGUAUUUUUACUCAAAUAAUGCACGCCCUCUACAUUUGUUUGCCAACCACGCCCUCCCCCGCGAGGUAUUUUCGUAAGCGCUACUAUGCCAAAUUUUUUUACAUGUUGCUAUACAAAAAAACAGCACAGCACUCGUUGGAAAAUACCUCAUAGGGUGGAGGGCGUGAUUAGCAAACAAAGAAGGCAUGCAUUAUCUGCAGUACCUGUGGUACAGUGGCUGUGAGAAGAAUGAUUGUGCGUGAUUGCUAAUUUAGAUAAAAACUGGUUAGUGUGCCACAGGAUAAUAAAACUGUAACCUUUGGAGAUACCUUUUUCUCUGGACAGAUGAAAGUCAUCUGCAUUACUAUCAAGUAAGAAUCAUUUUUAUUACUACUGGUUUUCUAGAAGUUAAAGUCUACCCCCCCAUAGUUGUAAAAAGCCAGCUGCCAUGUUGUGAGUCAUUCCUGUGGAGAGGCCCCUGUGCUGAAAACGAAGGCCUGCCAACAACUCUGUGGAUGAACUUGGAAGUGGAUUCCCCCAUUUGAACGUCAGAUGAAACCACAGCCACAACCAGUAGUUUAACCACAACUUCAUGACAGAACUGAACCAAAGAUAUCCAGCUAAGUUAUGCCCAGAACCCUAACCCAAAGAAACUGUAAGAUAAUGAAUUUUUGUUUUAAGCCACUAAGUCUUAGCAUAAUUUGUAACACAGCAAUCAAUAACUUAAUACACAUACACUCACUUUGUGAUAAUUCACUGAGCUGUACUUACGAUGUGUCAUAUCGCUAAUAAAAAGCUCAAAACUAUUACAAGCCCACUGUAAAAAAGUUCAUAAGAAUGAAAUACAUAUAAAUUUAGCUCUACAUUAUCCUUUUUAAAAUUGCAAGGUAUUCUAGUAUAUGGGUAUACCUCAGUCAUUUAACCAAUCUCUUAAAGACACAGGUUCUUUCUAAGUUUUAUCUAUCAUAAAUACUGUGAUGAACACUCUUGGUAUAGUCCUUCCUUAGCACUUGUCUCAACUGCUUUUUAUAAAUUCCUAGAAGUAGAAAUCCUGGGUCAAAUGUUAUACAUAAAAUUUUACUUUUAAACUGUCCUCUAAAAAUAACAUUCUAAUUUGCCCUAUUUUUCUACAUUCUUGCUAAAAUUGGUUGUCAAACUUGACAAUCUUCUAUGUACUGAUAAAGGAAAGAGAGAAGAAAGGAAGAAGAAAAAUCUUUCAUUUUUUCAGUAAAUGAUUUUAAAUAUGUAUUCACGUUUUUGUAAACCAUUUGUAUCUAUUCUUUUUGAACUGUCUAAAAACUUUGCCCAUUUUUUCACUUGAGUGCUUUUUGAGAAUUGCUUAUUAGGGCUAUCAACGUUUAACCUAUUAUGCAGGUUACAAGUAUUUUUUCCCAGUUUUUCAUCUUUCAAUCUAGUUCAUGGUGUUUUCUGCCUCACACAAAUUUAAAAAUUGUUUAAGCAGUCAAUCAAUACACCCUCUCCUUACUUAUCAACAUGGAUAGGUUCCAAAGAUCAGGUCAUUACACAAAAUCAGCAUUAUGGGAAAAUGGAGGAUGACCACAUCGGAUCACAAAAUGGGGGAUAACUACAUCAUUACCUAACUGCCAAAUCACAUCAUUACAUAACCCAAACUACAUCAUUACCUAACUGUCAAAUCACUGAGAAUCAUGGCCCAGCCAAGUCAACACACAACCGUAACUAUCACUAGUGUUACUCUCGCCUUGCACCUCCGUGUUCAUUACUGCUAGAGGUACAUUGUCAAUGCACAAAAUUGCUGGGUAGUAGUUCUUUACUGUUAUCAUAAACACGAAAUGUCAGAUAGUGGGAGAGUUGAUAAGUGAGGAAAAAGUCUAUUUGGUUUCCCUGUUAGGCUUAGGGGUCUUUUUCAUCCCAAGCUUAUCGGUCUUCAUUCAUAUUUUCACCUAGUGCUUCUAUGGUUUCAUUUUUUAUAUUUAAACAUUUGACUCAUAAGGUAUUCAUUUUGCUAAAAGGAGCUCUUGAAACAUUCCCAUGUAGAAUCUGGUGACCAAAGGAAAAGGUAAGAGACAGGAAGCAAGGACAGUAAGGCCAUUUGUAGUCUUCCCCUUGAGACUGACAGCACCCAAGACAGUAUGAAAAUAUGACGAUGUCCCUAAAUCUCAACUGCUGUUUUAUUUAUAACACAACUAUUUGACUACUUUUUGGCUGUACUACAUUAAACUCGAAAUGUAGAGUAUCAGGUAAUUUCUUCAAUUUUCAGAUCUUUAUCUCCUACGUUCACAAUGCUAUUCUAUGUGCUCACGGUCCACCUAAAUUCUGACUUCCAGAUAAAAUGAAGAUCAUUAUUAGAAAAUUAUGUUUUACCUGAGUGGCACUUGAUGAUUUUCCUAUAGUGUCAACAGCCUUUGACAACGAAGAAAUGUUCCCACCCAUGUUUACAUAACUACUACAUGAAUGAUUAACAAUUUAUUGAUGAAUUCUUCUUCACCCCACCUUCCCAAAUUUAACUUACCCUGUCAUAGAGCUCAAUGAUUAAAUGAUAGGCGGCUUCAUCACUUCCAAACUGAAAAUCUACAAUUCUAUCCACACCAAGCUGUUUUGCACUGACUAAUCUCCGACUCUUCAAAUGUUUUCGGCACUAACAAGAAACAAAAGACAAAAUCAUUUAUACAGUAAAAUUAAAUUCCUAAUUAUUUGGUGUCGGUUUAAAAGUAAGUUUCUUCUUUUCAUUACCAUCAGGAAUAAUAUUAAAAAGCAGUAAACAAUACAGUUACAAAAUGAAACCCUGCAGAUGAUAAUCAGAGGAAAAAAACUUUAUUUUGGACACUUGAUAGCUAACUCGAAAUAGUCUCUCAAAAUCAAUUUUUAAGUAGACAAUGACAGACUUAUAGCAAAAUUUGCUCUGUUGCUUUAUAACAGUAUUCAUUCCCUUGUUCUGGCCCUGAUGACCUCACUGAGACCUUUAUUUAUUUAUUUAUUUAUUUAUUUUGGUGUUUCUACUCUAGUCUUAUAAGUAUCCCAAAUGUCUUUUUGUGUGCUUCACUCGUGUUCAAAAGUAAUUAGUGGCUUCCACUAAUCUACCACCUCAAAUACAAACUCUAGACCAUGAGCUUAUGGUAUUCUAUAAACUAGUCCCCUGACUUAGUCACUUCCAAUUAGCACCUACUCCCACAAACUUUAAUAUAAGUGAAAUAGAAUUCUUCUGGUACUGUCUCCAAGCUUUUCAUUAACUUAUUUCAUGUCUAAAUGUAAUAACUUCCACUUUUUAUCAAAUACCAUUCCUCUUCUCGUUACGUAUAAGGUUCUUGUUAUUAUUAGCACCUUAAAUAAAAACAGCAGGUCAAACCCAAAUACAUAUUACUUAGUAAGCAUCUAUUGUUUUAGAUUAAAUAUACCAUCUCUGGUUAACUGCUACGGCUGCUAAGCAAGAGGUCAGCAGUUUGAAUCCACCAGGCACUCCUUGGAAACUCUAUGGGGCAGUUCUACUCUGUCCUAUACAGACGCUAUGAUUCGGAAUCAACUCGACGGCAAUGGGUAAUGGGUUAGUACAAAUAUUUAAGUAUGACAUGGACCAGAAACAAUACUACUCUGUAGCCCUAAAGAAUCACACAAUUGUUUCUAACUGUUUAAUCUGAAAAACCCCUUAGUCAAUACCAACAAAAAAGAAUGCUUUCUUUUCUUCAAGACUCAAAGUCAAGACUUAAAUUUCAAAAAGAAGUUAACCUACAACCACCUUUAAAGGAAGAGGCCCUGGAUAAGUAAAGCAUUACUGAAGAAGAAUAAAGUGGGAGGCCUCACACUAACUGAUCUUAGAACCUAUUACACCAUCACAGUAGUCAAAAUAGAUACACAGACCCAUGGAACAGAAUUGAGAAUCCAGAUGUAAAUUCAUCCACCAAUGAGCAUCUGAUAUUUAACAAAGGCCCAAAGUCCGUUAAAUGGGGAAAAGGUAGUCUCUUUAACAAAUGGUACUGACAUAACUGGAUAGCCAUCUGCAAAACAAUGAAACAUGACCGUACCUCACAUCACACACAAAAACUCAAUCAAGAUGGAUCAAAGACCUAAAUAUUAAAAUCUAAAACGAUAAAGAUCAUGGAAGAAAGAAUAGAGACAAUGUUAGGAGCCCUAAUACAUGGUAUAAAUAGAACACAAACCAUAUCUAACAAUGCAGAAACACCAGAACAGAAACUAAAUAACUGGGAGCUCCUAAAAAACAAACACAAUUCCAAUCAGGGUCUAAUCUCUAAAAUCUGCCAAACCAAAAACCAAACCCACUGUUGCUGUCAAGUCGAUUCUGACUCAUAGCGACCCUCUAGGACAGAGUAGAACUGCCCGAUACAGUUUCCAAGGAACACCUGGCGGAUUUGAACUGCUGACCUCUUGGUUAGCAGCCAUAGCACUUAACCACUAUGCCACCAGAGUUUCCCUAAAAUCUACAAGAUACUGCAAAACCUCCACAACAAAAAAGACAAAUAACCCAAUUAAAAAAUGGGUGAAGGAUAUGAACAGGCACUUCAUCAAAGACGACAUUCAGACAGUAUAUACAUACAUGAGGAAAUGCUCAUAAUCAUUAGCCAUUAGAGAAAUGCAAAUCAAAACUACAAGGAAAUACCAUCUCACCCCAACAAGGCUAAUAUUAAUCCAAAAAACACAAAAUAAUAAAUGUUAGAGAGGUUGUGGAGAGACUGGAACACUUAUACACUGCUGGUAGGAAUGUAAAAUGGUACAACCACUUUGGAAAUCAAUUUGGUGCUUCCUUAAAAAGCUAGAAAUAGAAGUACCAUAUGAUCAAGGAAUCCCACUCCUUGGAAUAUAUCCUAGAGAAAUAAGAGCUGUCACAGAAAUAGAUACAGCACACCCAUGUUUACACUGUUUGCAACAGCAAAAAGAUGGAAACCUAGGUGCCCAUCAACAGACAAAUGGAUAAACAAAUUAUGGUAUAUUCACAUAAUGGAAUACUACGCAACAAUAAACAAAAAUGAUGAAUCCGUGAAACACCUCAUAACAUGGAUGAAUAUGGAAGGUAUUAUCCUGAAUGAAAUUAGUCAGUUGCAAAAGGACAAAUAUUGUACGAGACCACUAUUAUAAGAACUCAAGAAAAGGUUUAAACACGGAAGAAAACAUUCUUUGAUGGGUACGAGGUUGGGGAGGAAAGGAGAGGGGUAUUUACUAACUAGAGAGUUAAAAAAAAGAUUAAAAGAAAGAAAAGGUUUAAACACAGAAGAAAACAUCCUUUGAUGGUUACAAGGGUGGGGAGGCAGAGGAAUGAGGUAUUCACUAACUAGAUAAUAAAAACUAACUAGAUAAUAGACAAUUAUCUUAAGUAACAGGAAGGAAUCACACAAUACAGGGGAAGUCUGCACAACUGGACUAAACCAAAAGCUAAGAAGUUUCCUGAAUACAACCAAACACUUCAAGGGACAGAGUGGCAGGGUCGGGAGUCUGGGGACAACGGUUUCAGAGGACAUUUAGGUCAACUGGCAUAACAAAGUCAAUUAAGAAAAUUUUCUGCAUCCCACUUUGGUGAGUGGAAUCUGGGGUCUUAAAAGCUAGUGAGUGGCCAUCGAAGAUGCACCAUUUGGUCCCAACCCACCUGGAGCAAAGAAGAAUGAAGAACACCAAAGACACAAGGUAAAUUAUUAGCCUAAGAGACAGAAAGGGCCACAUAAACCAGAGACUCCAUCAACCUGAGACCAGAACUGGAUGAUGCCCAGCGAACACCAAUGACCACCCUCACAGGGAACACAACAGAGAGUCCCUGAUGGAACAGGAAAAAAGUGGGUACAGAACUCAAUUCUCGUGAAAAGACCAGACUUAAUGGUCUGACUGAGACUGGAGGGACCCUGGAAGACAUGGCCCCAAGGACUCUGUUAGCCCAAAACUAAAACCAUUCCCGAAGCCAACUCUUCAGACAAAGAUUAGACUGGACUGUAAGACAUAAAAUGAUACUUCUAAAGAGUGUGCUUCUUAGCUCAAUUGGAUAAAAAAAGCUCAAUUGGAUACAGGAGAUUAAACAGGCAGCUCCUGUCCACAGGUGAGAUACGAAGGGAGAAUGCAACAGAAGCUGGCUGAAUGGACACGGGAAAUCCAUGGUGGAAAGAAAUGGAGAGCAACUAGGGUCAUUUCACAACGUGUAUAAAUUUCUGUAAGAAAAACUAACUUGAACUGUAACUUUCCCUUAAAGCACAAUUAAAAAAUAAAUAAAACCACCUUCAAAACACACACACAUUCAUUCUUAAAACUGAUGCCAAUCCUUUCAUAACUGGGAAGGGUUCUUCUUUAAACCUUAAAGCUUGAAUUGACUAAAAUUCUCACUUCAGGAAUUUAAAUAUUCAGGCGGUAUAUAAGAUUUUUCAAACUUCCUAGACUAAACAAUCUCCCCGUCCAUGUAUCAAAAGUUCUGAUUUAAGAGCAACCUAUGUUGAUUUGGAUAUAAACAACGAUCUACAUACUAGGCUAACUUUAAAUCCCCAGGAGAAAAAUCACAUCCUUCCUCAGUCCCCUCCCCCUGUCAAAUUUUAAUUCAAGAAAAACAAAGUUAAAAUGAAGAUGAAAGGCAUUCUUGGAAAGAACAGAGGUCUACACCAUGCAAAAUGUGGGCAGAGAGAAUAGUGAAAAAAGGAAGAUUUAUUAUGGUCAAAUAGAUGGACAUAUACUACAUAUAUAAAGUUCAUUCUGUUUAUUUCCCUAUUAGCAGCUUAGCAAAAACAACCAUCUGCUCAGUACCACAAAGUUAUAGUUGGAACCCCCAUAUCUGAGAACUAGGAACAAUCACUGUGAUUAUCCACAUACCAGAAAUGACCCUCUCUAUGGCAGACAACAGUACCAAGUCUUUGUUUUAAGUAACUUAUAAAGAGCUUAACAUUGCCCUAGAAAUGUCUGCUUCAUUGAAUGGACUCUUUCAGUACAUUUAGAUUAACACAUACACCUAACUCACGGAAUUUGAAUUUUUUUUAGUGUCUGACCUUCUGUUGAUGCGGCUUGAUCCUGUGAUGUUUAGACAAUCCCAAUAUCAUAUAUAUUAUCUUCUUGGCUCCUUACCUCAUGUGUAAAACUGAAAUAUUUGUUCUUCAUACUCUACUUUGUUAAACAAUUUAAAUGAAAUAUAUCUCAUUCAUCUACUUCACAAAGAGAUAAAUGACGUCUAUUUCAAACAUAUAGUGUUACUAUUACAAAGGACAAUCCUCCAAAAUACAAUUCUAGAUUACUACUAAGUAAAUUAAAAUUUUAAGAAUUUAGUAAUUGUGUAACAGCCCUUGUAACUUGGGAAACACUUGAAAGUCAGUUGCCAUGGAGUCAAUUCCAACUGAAGGCGACUCCGUGUAUAUUCAGAGUAGAAAUGUGCUCCAUGGGGUUUUCAGAGGUUAAUUUUUCAGAAGCAGAUCACCAGGUCUUUCUUCCGAGGCCUCUAACCUCCAACCUUUUGCUUAGCAGCUGAGUGCCUUAACCAUUUGUACCAUGCGAGGACUCCGAGAAACACUUACCUAACUUGAAUCCACAGAUUUUAAAUUGCUGGGGUUAAGGCUUUUCUCUGUAUAGCCCCAAAUGAAAUAACACAAUGUCUAUAACAGACAGACUUCCAAAGGAAAGUAAAUGAGGAGACGGAAAGGAAAUUAACAUGCAGACCCCUAAUUAAGCAGCCCUUGUGGCGCAGUAGGUAAGAGCUUGGCUGUUAACUGAAAGGUCAGCGUUUCAAACCUACCAGCUGCUCCUUGGAAACCCUAUGGGGCAGUUCUAUUGUCCUACAGGGUUGCUGUGAGUCGGAAUAGACAGCAAUGGGAUUUUUUUGUUAUGUGGCCCGGUAGUUAAGCACUCAGCUGCUAAUUGAAAGGCUGGCAGUUUGAACCCACCAGCCAUUUCGCUAGAAAAAGAUGUGUCAAUCUGCUUCCGUAGAGAUUUACAAUCUUGGAAACCCUAUAGGGCAGUUCUACUCUGCCCUAUAGGGUCACUAUGUAUUGGAAUCAACUCAAUGGCAACAGGUUUUUAUUUUUUAGAACCCUAAUUAUGUGUCAAGAAGCCUCGUGGCACAGUGGUUAAAACGAUUCGCUGUUAACCGAAAAGUCAACAUUUCAAAUCUACCAGUUGCUCUGUGUGAGAAAGACAUGGCAGUUCACAUCUGUUAAGAUUACAGUCUUGGAAACCCUAUGGGGCAGAUCUACUCUGUCCUGUAGGGUCAAUAUAAGCCAAAAUCGACCCGACAGCAUGGGUUAAUUAUGUGUCAGGCAUUGUGUUUUAAGUGCUUUUACAUGCUAUUUCAAUGAACCCUCACAAAAUAACUCUAUGAGAGAAGCAUUAUCCACAUUUUACAUUUAAAGAAACUAAGUUCCAAGUGGUUAAGAAACUUGCUCCAGGCUAUAAAGGUAUUUAGUGGCAAAACAAUAAUGCAAAGUUGUGGAUACCUUACUCUGAAAUCUCUCCUCUAUACCACAAGGACUUUCAGUCUAUAUAGAUCAUGUCAAUAAGAAAACAGCAUAUUCACAAGUGUAAGAUCUCAGUUUUAACAGUAAAAACAAAAGCAAAGAGAAAAGUAAAAAGAAAUAAUGACUUAGUAACAGGUUAAUAUCCUUGAGUAUUCCAACAAAGCACAGAUUGGGUAGAGGUAUACAGUUCACAGGACCCUGCGCGGUCCAGUAGUUUGUGAUGGGCUACUAACCUAAAGGCUGGCAGUUCAAAUCUACUCAGCCAUAAACUGCUUCCUUAAAGAUUACAGCCAAGAAAACCCUAUGGAGCAGUUUUACUCUGUAACACAUGGGGGUCAACAUGAAUCAAAACUGAGUCGACAGCUUAGGUUUAUACAGUUCACAGAAGAGAGCUGCAGGAGCUAAGACUGUGGGAGGAAAAAAAAGUCCAGAGUCUGGAAAGAACAAGGGGAUACUGAGUGGUUUGAAGUCAGGAAAGGUGUGCGUUAGGGUUGUAUCCUUUCACCAUACCUAUUCAAUCUGUAUGCUGAGCAAAUAAUAUGAGAAGCUGGACCCUAUGAAGAAGAACGGGGCAUCAGGAUUGGAGGAAGAGUCAUUAACAACCUGUGUUACGCAGAUGACACAACCUUGCUUACUGAAAGCAAAGAGGACUUAAAGCACUUACUAAUGAAGACCAAACACCACAGCCUUCAGUAUGGAUUACACCUCAACAUAAAGAAAAUAAAAAUCCUCACAACUGGACCAAUAAGCCACACCAUGAUAAAUGGAGCAACGACUGAGAAGUUGUCAAGGAUUUUAUUUUACUUGGAUCUACAAUCAACAGCCAUGGAAGCAGCAGUCAGGAAAUCAAAAGAUGCAUUGUAUUACGCAAAUCUGCUGCAAAAGGCCUCUUCAAAGUGUUGAAAAGCAAAGAUGUCACCUUGAAGACUAAGAUACGCCUGAGACAAGCCACGGUAUUUUCAAUCGCAUCAUAUGCAUGUGAAGGGCUGGACAAUGAAUAAGGACGACCGGAGAAGAACUGACACCUUUGAAUUGUGGUGUUGGCGAAGAAUAUUGAAUAUACCAUGGACUGCCAAAAGAACAAACAAAUCUGUCUUGGAAGAAGUACAACCAGAAUGCUCUUUAGAAGCAAGGAUGGCGAGACUGCGUGUUACAUACUUUGGGCAUGCUGUCAGGAGGGAUCAGUCCCUGGAGAAGGACAUCAUGCUUGGUAAAGCAUAGGGUCAGUGGAAAAGAGGAAGACCCUCAACUAGGUGGACUGACACAGUGGCUGCAACAAUGGGUUUAGCAUAACAACAGUAAGGAUGGCACAGGACCAGGCAGUUUCCUUUUGUUGUUCAUAGGGUUGCUACGAGCACCUAACAACAACUAACAAGAGUAUAGAAAGUCAAGAAUGGCCAGGAUACAGAAUAUGGAUUCAAAAAAUGUUUAACCACGAAAAGUGAGAUAACUAAUGAAAGUUUUAAAUAACUAAUGAUGUUUUAGAAAAAUUAAUGUUGAUGGAACACAGAAUUGUUUUGAUGGGGAAAAGCGGAUUACAGUUAAGAAACUAUAAGGUCCAAGGUGACAAAAGAGAAAGAAGAUAUGGAACAUAAUAGGGUGUGAAGGGAGAAGUCAAUUAAUAAAUAUCUACAGUGACUCCCCCGCUUAUGACCUGCCACACUUUCGGCCAUUCUUUUUUUAACCAUUUACGUAUUUUUUAUGCAUGUAUAUAUUAAAAUAUAUCUGUAAGUUAAUGUUUCCAAUCCCCCCAAAGACAAAGAUCAAAUUUAUAAAGAUACUGACGAUAAAAGGCAAUAAUAACGAAAACUAAAAAAAAAAAAAAAUGAGGUAUUUGACUUACAUCAGGUCAGAACCAACUUUCAAAGGAGUCAUUGGAAGGGAACCCCCCCAUAAGUGGGGGACUACCUGUACUUUAUUCAUCCCAUUAUCCAACAACCACUCCCUUUAUUUCUAUCUCUGCUUUAUUCACAAUAGCAAGGAAAACUAGACAGUUAAAAACUCAGUUACUGUGGUCAAUCUCAGGGCCUUAAAAUUAAGCUUCAAGCGUAACUUAAAAUUUACCUUCAUAGCAAAACUAGAUGGCAUCAUAUUCUUAGGCCACUCAAACUCUGUUGUGUGAAUUCGUAUGCCAGAUUCAAGUAAAAGUGUAGCUUUAAAGUCUGGUCUGUAGGAGAAAAAAGUCAAAUAUUUUCUUUAGGGCAUUUGCUAAAGUUAAAUCGUGAAACAAACUAAAAGUGCAGGUAAAAAUAUUAAUAAUCUCAUAAGUAAUUACCAAGGAUAAAACAAGCCUAUAAAAUGUUCUUACUUUUGAAGACGAAUAAGAUACGUCUUAUUAUCCACAUCAUAAACAUUGUUUACUCUCAUUCCUAGCAAGCUGCAAAGAGAAAGCAAACGUAAUAACAUUUAAGUGUUGGAAAUGUAAAACUACAAACAAUUUAAUUUACACUACAGGCGGAAGUAGAGCCAGCUAAAGUUCUAAGGUUAUGGAGGCAAUCAGGGAGCAGAGUUAGGAGGUCAUUAGGCAAACGAGCCAAAAUGUGUUAACUAUUUAAGAACAAAAGUUGUUGAUCAGCCCUGAAAAUACUAAAGCACUUCCUUGCAUCUUUGAAAUGACCCAAUAUUUUUUAUAAGCUAUAUAUACUCCAAUUAAUUUCCUUUUAAAAGAAAGGAGUCCCCGCGGAAAUACAAUGACCAAAGUUACUAGGAUGAAUAACAGAAACCAGACGAGAACUCAUGUCUCGUCCAAUUCUGUUAAGUAAACUCCAGCUAAAAAGGUCAUCCUCCCUCUCUUUGGCGUGAAGAAGUGCGUAGAAGAAACCAGCUCUCCAGUCUGAAAACCUAUGGAGCAAAUGACCAGGCUGGCGUCCAACUCUCCUGUUUUACUAAGCGUUUGCUGCCGAAGUCUCCUGGGAGAUCCUGUCAGGCCAGUCAUCUGAACCGGGGCAACAAUUGAGACAGACAACGCGAAAGCCUCGCGCUAGCCAGACACGAGACUUGGGAGACAAGUACCCAGAGGAGGUCAGGGGAGAUGCACACGGCCGCUGGGGGCCCCAAAGGGUGCGAGGGCCACGGGAAGGGCGCCACGCGCUGGCCCACCCAGGCCUAGCCAUGUCCACAGAAUAGUAUUCAAAGGGAAUAGGGAAAAACAUCAGGGUGGUUUUAUUUUCACCACGGGGCCCCGGUCUCUGCCUCCUGCACGCCUCUCACGAGCCUGGUCACCUGUCGUACUGUACCUGGCAUUCAACUCUGCAAGUACGGCGCGGAGGUCAAUGGUACUAAAGCGGGUCUUCAUGGCGAGGUCUGAGGGUCACUACUACACCAGUUUCCUCCGCUGCCGGACACGACGCUGCUAGUCUCCUGCGCAGGCGCACUUGGCGGAGAGCUACGGCAACGCCUAAGAUCCAAUAUUCCUUGAAGCGAAAGUACUACGUCACAUUCCCGAAGGUUAGCUGUUACGUGGUCGUCGAUUUGGUUUUCGUUAUACUAAAACAAUUCGAGAUAGAUCCGAACUAUUUUCUUAGAGCCGCUUUCCUUCUGUGAACGCUUACGGACUAAUCGGGUUACCGUGCCUCCUAGUUUCUCUACUCAAGGCGGCCUCUAUAGUGACUCCUGCUGGCCGUAACAAUUUUUGCAGAGAGUUAAAGGAGGAUUUUCCCAAGUGGGCUGUAGUGGUCAGUGUAGAACUUUGACAACUUUUCCACUCAGGUACUUGGACGUGUAGAAUUUUGAAAUGUUACGAAGCAAAACUGUUUCAUUUGUCCUACAACUACCCUCACGUUCAAGGCGAACCCGCAGAAAGGAGUUGCCAUUUUGAUGGUUCCUCCUCUCCAAAGGAGCAGUAUGCGGAGUAUUGUAGAAUUCUCAUUCAACCUUGAUCUUGUUUACCCGAGGCUCUGCGUAGUACUUACUACACAAUUUUGUUGUUAAUAGGUGCUCCAUGAAUGCUUGGCCAGCUGAUAAUAAAGGGAGAAGGCAGAUAAACUUCUCCACCAAAAGGGAUUCACUAUCUAGUGAUAUAUACAGUAUUCUAAGAGUGUAAAUAACUCCACUUUCUGUUGUUUUACGUGGGAUGCGUGGGAAGAAAAGUUAACUUUGAGGUGAGGACUCAAAAGAGACAGGGUCUCGCUAUAUUGUCCAGGCUGGAGUGCAGUGGCUAUUCACAGGCGCGAUCCCACUACUGAUCAGCACGGGAGUUUUGACCUGCUCCGUUUCCGACCUGGGCCGGUUCACCCCUCCUUAGGCAACCUGGUGGUCCCCCGCUCCCGGGAGGUCACCAUAUUGAUGCCGAACUUAGUGCGGACACCCGAUCGGCACAGCGCACUACAGCCCAGAACUCCUGGACUCAAGCGAUCCUCCAGCCUCAGCCUCCCGGGUAGCUGGGACUACAGGCGCGC